AUGGGCAUGGCCUACAUUGAGUGCCCUGAGCUGAGCUCGGUCUUUGGCUGCGACGUCGUCGCGCACGCCACGCAGGUGGGGGCCUUCGUCGAGGGGACAGAGGUAAACUUUGCAGUCACGCUGAAUGACGACAACAAGCCGCAAGCGUUGGGGCCUCAUUUGGGCUUAUUCGAUUGA